UUUCUCCUGGUGGGGCACUGGCAGGGCUGGAGACGUGCUUUGCAUUGGCAGACGGAUGAGGACACGUGUCUCGUCCCUGCCUCCUUCCCCGGGCUCCACGGUACCGCAUUGGCAUCAGAAGAGGCACCUAAACUCCUGGGGAAAGCUGCUUGCCACGCUAUACUCCCCCCCAAAAGAAGGAACACGGUGCAAAGAGCCCGCAGGAACCUGUGGCAUACUUUUUUUCUCUUCUUUCUUUUUUUUUUUGGUCGUGCGUAAAGCGUUUGCGCACAGCGCCUUGGAGACUGGGAAGGUGCGCUGACAUUCGUCAAGCGGCAGAGCGCAGCGCCAGGAUGCAGAAACGGAGCAACGAAGUCUGAAGGUGACAUGAACCUGAGGAUAUCGAAGAGCAUCAGCCGCACACUUAACAAGAAGUGGAGAUAGCAACUGAAAACCGUCGUGUCUUGAAGCCAAAAUUGCGCUUUUCCUUGUGGCUUUAUCUCAUGCUGAGAAUAAGGAGCUGCAGAACACAGUAGCCUACAAUUUUUUCUUUACCAACCUGGACAAGAGAAACACACUUCUAACUAAUCAGUGGACGGUUUAGCUCUGACAAAGGAGGAAAAAUGGCGACAUUAAUCAGAGGUAAAAUAUCCAAUAAACUGUCCAACGCAGCCACGGCCGUGUCCAACAAAUCCACAGCAAAGGUGAGCGGGAUGUUCGCAAGAAUGGGCUUCCAGGCCGCUACGGACGAGGAAGGUCUUGGCUUUGCUGCCUGCGACGACCUGGAUUAUGAUCACCGCCAAGGUAUGCAGAUGGACAUUCUGUCCUCGGACGAGACCGGAGGGGAAGGUGGCGGAGACGGCGGCGGGCAGGAGGGGGACAGCCACUACCAGAGAGACGGCACCGGUCCACCGCACUCUGCCUCCAAGGACGGGGGCUCGACGAAUGAGUUAUCCGAAGUCAAACCAAAAAUCACCGCCUGGGAAGCAGGCUGGAACGUCACGAACGCAAUCCAGGGGAUGUUUGUUCUGGGCUUGCCCUACGCCAUCCUGCAUGGAGGAUACCUCGGACUUUUUCUCAUUAUUUUCGCCGCCGUGGUGUGCUGCUACACGGGGAAAAUCCUCAUCGCCUGCCUAUACGAGGAGGACGAAGACGGGCAGCUGGUCCGUGUGAGGGACUCCUAUGUUGACAUUGCCAACGCCUGCUGUGCGCCCAGGUUCCCAACGCUGGGCGGUCACGUCGUGAAUGUAGCUCAAAUCAUAGAGCUGGUUAUGACUUGCAUCCUGUACGUAGUGGUCAGCGGGAAUCUCAUGUACAACAGCUUCCCCAACAUGCCCAUCUCCCAGAAGUCGUGGGCCAUCAUCGCCACCGCCGCUCUGCUACCCUGCGCAUUCCUCAAGAAUCUGAAAGCCGUCUCCAAGUUCAGUUUGCUGUGCACAAUGGCGCACUUCGUCAUCAAUGUCCUGGUGAUAGCCUACUGCCUAUCCAGGGCGAGGGACUGGGCCUGGGACAAGGUCAAGUUUUACAUCGAUGUCAAGAAAUUCCCCAUCUCCAUUGGGAUUAUCGUGUUCAGCUACACUUCUCAGAUCUUCCUGCCGUCCCUGGAGGGGAACAUGCAGAAACCAAGCGAGUUCCACUGCAUGAUGAAAUGGACUCACAUCGCUGCCUGCAUCCUCAAGGGCCUGUUUGCCCUGGUGGCUUACCUGACCUGGGCCGACGAAACCAAGGAGGUGAUUACAGACAACCUUCCGCCGACUAUCCGAGCAGUGGUCAACAUAUUUCUGGUGGCCAAAGCUUUGCUGUCUUACCCGCUGCCGUUUUUCGCCGCCGUGGAGGUGUUGGAGAAAAGCUUCUUCCAGGAAGGAAGCCGCGCCUUCUUUCCGGACUGCUACGGAGGCGAUGGACGCCUAAAAUCCUGGGGACUGACCCUCCGAUGUAUACUUGUGGUGUUCACCUUGCUCAUGGCGAUCUAUGUGCCGCACUUCGCCCUGCUCAUGGGCCUCACCGGCAGCCUGACAGGCGCCGGGCUCUGCUUUUUGCUCCCAAGCAUCUUCCACCUCAAGCUCUUAUGGAGAAAGCUUCAAUGGCACCAGGUGUUCUUUGACGUCUCCAUCUUUGUAAUAGGAGGUAUAUGCAGCAUAUCCGGUUUCAUCCACUCCAUGGAGGGGCUCAUAGAGGCUUACAAAUAUAACAUAGAAGACUAGAGACGAGCGAUCAUUGGAAGCACAGAUGCAUCUCAGUAAAUUUGAAUAUCAUCACAAAGUAAAUGCAUUUUACUAACUCAGUUAACGCGAUAAAAUAUAUGUUACAUGGAGCGCGAUAUCUACUUAAAGCCUUUAUUUAAGUCAUUUUGAUGAUUUACCUACAGCUAAUAAAAAUCCAAAUUCUGUAUUUUUUUGAGAAAUUAUAUAUUACAGAAGGCCAUAAAAAGGUUUUAAAUAUAGAAACUAAUGUUAUACCAUACAAUGCCCUACAAGGCCAUUAGGAGGAAUGCAGACUGAGAGCUGUUAGUCAGACAUAAGUCAGUGACACCUUCAAGAAUUGGCAAGAACAGGAGCUUGUUAGAAGGAAUAUUCAAGGGUUUCUGUUUAAAACCAUUUACAUAGAAAUUUGAA